AGAGGCAACCCAGCAGCGGAGUAUUUGUAUAUAUAUAUACCGUACGUAAAGUAAGAGACCAUUUCAUUACCUCUCAGAUUAAUGAUGACUCGGCUGGUGUUGCUGCUGGCUCUGCCCGCACUCUCCCUAGCUUUUUACAGUUAUGAUGAUAUGGUGGUAGAGGAAGUUGGCCCAGGAUGUGCUGAAGGGUUUCCUUAUUAUCCCGGCAUUCCCAAUGACAUCGAAGAUUGCCCUGGCAUCGACCCUCCGGAUCCAGUCGUACAGGAGAACCUCCACGACUGUUCUUCUUAUAUUUUGUGCAACGACGGUGAUCCAUACCUGAUAUGCUGCCCUAAAGAUCAGUACUGGGACCCUCCUAUGAGCACCUGUGACGACUUAGAACACGUAAGCCUUUUCGAUCAAGUUUGAGAUUGAGCACAUUUU